AUGACGGUGCAGCAGACGCAGCCGGGUGCAACAAAUCCCGCCUACCCGGGCGUCUAUCCGCAGCUGGGACCGCCGGUGGUGGCCAACGCCAAUUACCCGCCACCGCCUCCUGGAGCCGCUCCAAUAAUCCUCGCCCCUCCACCUCAGCAACAGUCCGAUCCAAACAUCCCGCCCGGACUGGAGUACCUGACCGUUAUUGAUCAGCUUCUAGUGCAGCAGAAGAUUGAAAUGCUGGAAGCGUUCACCGGCUGGGAGACGAACAACAAGUACGCCGUCAAGAACUCUAUGGGCCAGAAUGUGUACUACGCAGUGGAAGACAACGACUGCUGCACUCGGCAGUGCUGCGGCCCGGCACGCUCCUUCGACAUGAAGAUCUUCGACAACUACCGCCGGGAGAUUAUGAACAUCCACCGGCCGCUGCGGUGCAACAGCUGCUGCACGCCGUGCUGCAACCAGGAACUGGAGGUGUACAGCGUCAGCGGCCAACAACUGGGCUCCAUCCACCAGGACUGGUCCAUCUGUACGCCGCAGUUUAGCGUCAAAAGUGGCGCCUCCGGUGAGACGGUGCUCAAAAUCUCCGGCCCCUUCCUCACGAUGAGCUGCUGCAAGGACGUCGUCUUUGACGUGCUGACGAGGGACAGAGAGACGAAGGUGGGCAAGAUCACCAAACAGUGGUCCGGCUUCACGAGGGAGGCCUUCACCGAUGCGGACCUUUUCGGAGUAACCUUUCCGCUGGACCUCGAUGUGCAGGUGAAGGCGACGCUCCUGGCGGCUACCUUUCUCAUUGAUUUCAUGUUCUUCGAGAGCACCGACAGUAAGUCAAGUGACGGCAUUUUGGGCGUCAUUUCGAGUUUUGCAGUCUCGAACCGUCUUCCUCUGUCGCCUAAUCGCCGA